AGGAGCGGGUUGUGGAGAUUCUGGCUUCUCGCGGAAUGCGGCCUAAUGCGCAGUGGCUUUCUUCUUGCCUGCGCGAGCAGAGCGGAGCGUCACAGUUGCCGGUAGACUCGCGCGCCGAGAAAUGCUUUGCGCAUCUCCUCGCUGCCGAUUUCAAUCUCGUCACCGAUGCUGUGCUUCCUCCAGGGGUCCAGGCGAUGCACAAAGUGGAGCUAGCAGGCCCUUUCGUUCUACAAGUAGAUGAAACGGUGGACAUUUGCUGCGGCCUCAAGGAUCGCUACCAGGAAAGAAAUGCUGGAAUUGGAAGUCGAUGCUUGAAGCUAUCCAUGACCGACGGUGCUCAACGAGUUUUUGGCACUGAGUAUCGUCCUAUCCCACAGCUCAAAGUCUUACAACCAGCUGGUUUGAAGAUUUGCGUAAGGAAUGUCUGCAUCCGGAGAGGGAUGUUUCUUCUUGUCCCGGAAAUUGUUACUGUUCUAGGAGGUGUUGUCCAAGAGCUUGAAGAGGCUCGACAGAGAGUGGUACAUCAAGUAAACAAACCUCCUCGGGGAAACAGGCACCCGCGUGGUACUACUCCACCAUCGUUGGAAGAGCAACUUACACAAGCUGCCUGGCCCCGAACUCCUGACGUCCAAGAAAACAAUGGCGCUGCAGCCAAUCCUGGAAUGAGCAGCAACCUUCUUCGACUGUUCGUGAUCAUCCAUAUACAGGAAGGCAAGCACCUGUUUCUAUAGAAGAUUUUUCUCGCGGUUCAUAUUCCUACAGUGAACAAACACCAAGACAGGACGAAACUACGCAUCGGACCUCGUCUGGCACACCUUCCGAGACUUCUAUCGGCCUGGGAACUUCGCGUAUUCGUAUGCUUUCCCUCCAAUCCAAUGAAACCAGG